AUGCUUCCGACACGUCUACUCGCCACACGAACGUACUCCACAGCUUCAAACCGCUUUCGGGUGGUAGAAGUAGGCGCCAGGGAUGGUCUUCAGGCCGAAAAGAAGUUCGUGCCCACUGAAGUGAAGGUAGAACUCAUCGAUCGCCUAUCUGCCUGUGGAUUCUCAACAGUAGAGACCACGAGCUUCGUAUCACCGAAAUGGGUACCCCAGAUGGCGGAUCAUAAUGAAAUUGUGAAGAAACACAAGAGAUUCAACGGCGUUUCCUAUCCAGUGUUGGUUCCCAACGCUGCUGGACUCAAAAAUGCUCUCGCCACUGGAGUCGUCGACGAGAUCGCUGUCUUCGGAGCCGCCUCAGAUGCAUUCUCCUUGAAAAACGUUAAUUCCAACGUAGAAGACAGUCUGAAGAAGCUUUUAGAAGUCACUAAAAUCGCUUUGGAGAACAAGAUUCGUGUUCGAGGAUACGUGUCAGUGGUUGUAGGAUGUCCGUAUUCUGGAGACGUCAAGCCAGAAGUCGUGGCAAGAGUGGCCGAGACACUUUUGGAAGCCGGAUGUUAUGAGGUGUCGCUAGGAGAUACGAUUGGAGUUGGAACAGUGAAAUCCGUAGGAAAAAUGCUGGAUACCGUGUUGAAGAGUGUGCCAGCCAACAAGCUAGCGGUCCACUUCCACGACACCUACGGUCAGGCGCUUGCCAACGUCCUUGUCUCCAUCGAAAAAGGAAUCCGAGCCGCUGAUUCAUCGAUUGCCGGCCUCGGAGGAUGUCCCUAUGCGAAAGGAGCCACUGGCAACCUGGCCACAGAAGAUUUGCUGUACUUUUUGAAGGGAAAUGGAUUUGAGACUGGCGUCGAUUUGGAGAAAGUUGUGGAGACGGCGAAAUGGUUCAAUUCGGCAGCUGGCUAUGAUAAAUGGUCCCGGGUUGGAAGAGCCAUCUCGAAUAAGAUGGAGGCGGCAAAGUGCUGA